AACUCACGAGCAGGUUCGAAUGACAGAUGACAGUCCGUGUUAUAUAGACGAGUAGAAAAAUGUUCGAGUAUAGAGUCGUGUUAUAGAAUUGUUUGACAAUGUCGAUUACUGUUUACUAGCACGGUUCGCUCCUAUCGACCGAAUAGAGAGGAAUGUGUGUGAUAAAGGUCAUGAUAAAGGUGAUAAAUGUAACGUGAGCGUGUAAUGCGCCGCAAUUCGGUCCCCGUUACGACGUGUUAUGCGCGCAUGUUGUCGCGAGCGAGAAAAAAAUGUACAUUAUUUAAAAUAUAUCAGAGCGCGGACUGUCGAGGAAAAUAAGCCGCUCCCUGCGUGAUCGCGACGCGAUAUAUUUUUUAUGUCUCGCGUUUUAAGAUGAUAAAUAUUGUUCGUGAGACAAAAUUAACGAGACAAUGUACAUGUACAGUGAACGAUGCUGUGUCGCUCUUAUUCUCUUAUUUAUUCUGGUACAAGCGGAUGGACUUUACUUGGUCCAUAAUACUUGUAACUUAAUCAGGCACACAUGCCACGGAAAGGUAUUUAAUCAGAGUGUAACUGAAGAGCGUGAAGCUGUUGAUUAUUGUAUUAAUGAAGACAUUCCUCAUGCUAGGAAUAUACACUAUGUACUAAAUAAUUUAACUGGUAUUUUGAAGUUAAAAUUUGUACCUCCCAAAAGAGAAUGCGGAUUAGGAGUUGCCUUAUUAAUUAAUCCUUCAAUCAAGAAUGAAGCAGAAUGUAACAAGUAUACUUUUUCACCAAACAAUGCAUAUUCGUUAGUACAUACUGUAGACAGAAAUGUAUGUAUUCUUAAGGAUACUAAUCAACUUGCAAGACAUAAUAAAACUUUGACCUCUUUAUGCCAGGACAAUAUUGAACUGUCGUUCCAUCAUAUUUUCACAGGAUGCUAUGCGGUUCGAUUUCAUAUAGGUUUUGACAAUUAUGUAAUAAGAGAUCUUAAAUUUUUUUACACUAGUUAUCAACGUACUGAAGUAACAGAACCACCGUUUACUUGUAAAUAUGACACACAUUUGAUUCUUAAUCAAAGGAAUCAAAUGACAAAUUUUACAUUAGACAUUUCACUACCAAUAGAUACAGUAAACUAUUUACUGGAAUUUGAAUUGAUAUCACCGCGAACUGAAAAUCAACGAAAAAAAUGCGUUUGGCGUGGAGAAGGAUAUAUAGAGAAAUGGUCAAUUAAUAUGUACUCAACUGAUCGAUGCGCUCUAAAAUCGAUGCAGAUAGUGAAUGGAAAAAAUAUAAGGACUAUACAAUGUAAUUUCCAAGUUGAACAAAAUGAAAACAAUGAAGAUUAUUGUUUUAUAUAUCGUAUUAAGGAUAUAAGAUGCCAUAAAAAUACUGUCUGGAAGCCAUCACAUGAAAAUCCAAACCAUAUGUGUACAUGGGUAAAACGUUGCAAGAAUGUUUCGCUACAUCUCGACAGAAUUGAGACAAUAGAAUCAAAUAAAUUGCAAAGUACAAAUAUACUGUUGUCAAUUAUCGCCUCUAUAUUAAUAGUAUUAGUGAUCGGAAUAGGUUUCUGGUAUCUAUGUAUUCGUAAGAAGAAAAUCACCUUGUUUGUUAAUCCGCAUCAUGAUGAUUUUCUGAAUUCUGCUUGUUUCGAAUCCACCGAUCUUAGCGUCGUCGAUAAUAACGACAGUGACAAGGAAAUCGAUCACGAUAAUCUUUCGGGCAAUGAUAUUGUUCUUCUUUAUACUAAAAAUUCAAUAUCCUUUAUGGCAUUGAUGAAAGAUUUUCGCGAAACACUUGCCAAAAUAUGUUCCUGUUCUGUAUAUGACUGGUAUGAGGAAGCUGAAUGGAAUGACGUAGCUAAAGUUGGUCCUGUUUCAUGGUUUACUAAAUUACUUAAUGGCAAAUGUCGUAUCGUUUGGAUAGAUACACCAAUAACAAGAUCCAUUAUUAUAUCAAAGGAAAAUACUUCAAGCUUGAAUAUACUUGAUAAAUAUAUAAUAGGUGAUUUUCGCGACACAGCAUUUCCCGUUGUACUUGAAUUAGCAAAACGUAAUAUAAAUGACACCGUGCAGCAAUAUCGUAGACAUUUCGUCGUGAGAUUUGAAGGAUUGGAAAGCAUGGUUGAUGUGAAUGAUCCGUUUCUGGAUCUCUCACCUCAUGCACGAUAUCGCAUGCCACAUCAUCUUACACAGUUGUGUUUAGACUUGUCGAUGGAAAAAUCAGUUAUUCCUAAAUAUCAGAUAAAGGUAGAAGAAAAUCUUUUAGAGCAACGCCUAAAACUCGUGAAGAUGGAGUCAAUAAUAAUAUCUUGUCCUCUUUUUUCCCUUUUUUUGUCGAAUCUCCCUUCGAACGGACAGAGUUAUUCAAAAAAUCGCAGCGCUGGUUGCACGCACGAUUUUUGCUGGAAAAGCGAAUUGAUUCAAAAUUUUGGCCAAGGAACCAAUAGACCCAAAACUCAAAGGAAGUUAGCGACGAAGAUGCAACUGUGUCUAUCGAACUUUGUACGCCUCCUGGUGAUCGUCGCCGUGUCCGGCGUAACUCUUGGGAAUCCUUUGAGAUUCUUACUGCUGACAAAUACAUCGUACACGCGGGCAAAUGUUGACCAGUCCAGUGCAACGAAUAGACUGAAAAAUGAUAUUAAACCAGCCGCCGAGAAAAAGACCGGCUUUACGUUGACUUGGACCAGGAUUUUGCAGAAUCCGCCGGAUUCCUUGGAAGUCGCUGUCGGGAGUCGCGUCGAAUUGCAAUGCGAGGUAGCUGGAAAUCCACCGCCGCAAGUUUACUGGAUAACAGGAAACGAGCCGGAAAGACAGAUUCAGGAGCUGACCACUCGGGCUCAAGAAGCGAGCAACAUCGUAUCCACGGAAUGGGAGGGAGUAAGUCAGGUCUUGUCCACGUACGUGAUCGAUUGCGUCAGACCUGAAGAUCAAGGUUUAAAAUAUUGUGUAUCCGUGUCUAAAAAUAUAGUUGCUCAAUCGACAGCGACGGUACUCUUAGUUAAUACAACCAAAACAGCCACAUGCAGCAGCGAAAGCCAACCCACCAUCACCUUGCAUUCUUCCUGGAGAUUCGCUCUUCAACAUAACACGGUGAUUCUUCCGUGCAGAGCCGCUGGUCAACCGACGCCUUAUCUAUUUUGGGUAGAUAACUCGGGCAAGACGAUAAGUCCCGCGACACACGCAAGACAUACCGUUCUAGCUAAUGGCGAUCUGGAGAUAUCGGAUCUCGAAUGGGCCGACAUGGGUGAAUACACUUGCAAGGUGCAGUCGGGAUACACGGAGAAGAGCGUAUCCACAUUUCUGUAUCCCGUACGUUCCGUACGUAUACGUAAUUAACUUUCGUGAAUUUUU